UGUGGACCUGAAAGGGGCACAAAUUCUAUUUUUCAUAAUGGCUUCGCAUCUCAUUUGCAGUUGGUUUGCUUGUAGAGAAAGCUUAUCCAAUAUGAACUUAUCCAAUCAUGUUAUGUUUUCAUACUUAUGCCUUGAAGCAGCAUAAGCCAUCAUGUAAGUCCUUCCCCUGUCUUGGCUCCCUCAUAUUUCAUUUCAACAAUAACCAAGUUUAAAAUAAAAUGAAUUUGACCCAGUGUCAUUUGGAUAUUUGUCCCUUGACCCAAGAUGAGUUUGGCACAUCGUGGUAUUGAUUUCAGAGGGGGUCGUAUACAGAUUCCAGAUUUUGCCCAAAGCUGUUAGUAACGAGUGAUUUCGUCUCGCCUCCGAAUUUUUGCCAGGACGACAAACGACGAAAGAGGAAUUAACCCAAUGCCACAUCAUUGUUGUGUAACGAGAAUUACGUAACAGGCUUAUUCGGUUUCGGAGACGUCGGCGGCUUUCGCCUCCUCUAUUAUUCAUGGCACAGGUGAGGCACAUCUUCAUCUUUGUAGAUUAGAAUCUUCCUGAGGCUUCGCCAAAACUUGAGGCUGAGUGAUCCUGGGAGGUGAAACUUUUUCGCUGCAGAAACAUAAUUUUGCUCGAAGGUAGGCCCACUUCAAUCUUUUAUAAUGAGCUACUGAAAUGUGUAAUACAACGCAUGGACUUAUCUUGUUUACGCGGUUAUGUGAGGGAACGGUAUGUGUACAUGUAAUAAUGGCGGCAACUCUGCUUAUACUGUAUUUCGAAGAUUCAGGUGAUGUCGUUGGGUUUUUGAGAGGAGCAAAAGUAGUAUGCUUCUAAAUCGAUUUGUUUAAGGCGUCCAAGAUUAAACGUGCUGUAACAAUAAUGUCUCUAUUUCACUGAUUUUAUUCAAAAUAAAUUAUGGGCGACAUCCGAACUCCGUUGCCGGGAAAUUUAGGGUUAUCGUGUAUGAAAGUUUCAAAAUUCAGAGGAUGAAACAUUGAUGGGGAGUGGUCGUAUGACUGAACCUCGGUCGAAAAGUGACGGAGAAGUGCAAUGAACUCUUAUGCAAGCCACUUACAAGCUGUUUCUGUCGUUAUUGGGGAGCCACUCAUGGCCAUUCCUCGUGUAUGAAAUGAUGCCCCUUUAUGAGAUGUUUUCUCUUCCCAAAUCAGCGUUAAUGAUACAUGUUUCUUACGUGGCGUCCAACAUGCGUGGAUAAUGAAGUUCAUGGGGGCGAGGUAUCUAGUUCACAUCCCGCUAGACGAGUCCGUUUUGCAUGAACCGUUGCUUCACCGCCCGUUCAAAAUGACGACUGUCUUGCCAAAGUGCCAGAACAGGGCAGAGUUGGAAAUGACAGGAAGUUACAUACCGAAGAGGGUGGGCGGUGGGAAAAGCAAACUUUUUUUGUAUUUUCAUAAAUGGUACCAUUGAUUGAAGUCAACUCCCUGGAAUCAAGACGGCAAUGGAUUGUUGUGGCAGUCCUUAUUUGUGUACAUAAUUAUGUAGUAUUACGUUGUAUUCUUAUAAAUUUGUAUUUCAUUAGAACAAUGCCACCACUUUGCCAACUCCCUUGGUUAAAUUAAGACUGAUGUAACUCCAGGUGCUGGACGCUGUCUCCUUUUGAGGUUUGUGUCGUUAUGAAGAUCUCUUAAUGCUGUGUUCUGUAAGUGUCCGCUAUUUGUUUUCCGGCAAUAGAGUAGACAUGAUAACAUCAAAACUGCUUGUCGCCCUCCUUGUGGCCGCAGUUGCCUCGCUAUCGAGCGCCCUCACCGACGAACAGAUCGUCAGCUUCAUGACCACGGCCUCUGUCGAGACCAACACAGGUCAGACGGGGAUGGUGAGCAUCGUCACGGCCGACAGGAUGCACACCAUCACCAGCAACGGGGUGCCGGACCACCCGACCCCCGAGUACCCGAACCAGGGGAACCCCAACGACAUCGUAGUGCAGGCGCACCAAUGGACGGUGCCGGUCAACCCCACCGUGGCCACCUCCACUACGGAGCUCCCGCUGGGGCCUAUCAGUGUGGCCAUCAACGGGAUUCCGUUCUUCAACCCUUACACGGCCAAAGGCGAAGAUGCGGUACUGACGGAAACCUUUGACAGCUGCGACGGUCACCCGACCAAUCGAGGCGUCUACCAUUAUCACAAGCAGCCGUCCUCCUGCGUCUUCGACAUCGUGUCGGGCGAGCCGUCCCCGCUCAUCGGCGUGGCGCUGGACGGGUUCCCCAUCUACGGCCCCAUCGACGAGAACGGCGUGGAGCUGACUUCGGCCGACCUGGACGAGUGCCACGGCCGCUUCGUGGACGGCAAGUACCGCUACCACACCACAGCCGACUUCCCGUACAUCAUGGGGUGCUUCAAGGGCACUUACAGCGGUUCAGCCGCAGGUGGACGACCGCCACCCGGACAAGGAGGAGGCAAUGACAACGACAACAGCGGUGGUGCUGGUGGUCACAGUGGACUGAAAACCAUCAUCGGUGUGAUCCUCUUAGGCUGUACUACGGCUGCCUUUUCUAUCAACUCCACGUAAAGUGUUACCACUCAGUAAUUGAGGCAAAUAGCUAUAUUUCUUUCAACUCGUUUGUAGAUUUACCAACAUUUGUCGGAAAAUUUGUUGUAACCAACGAUUCUGUCUCUUAUGUGCAGUAACUCUCCACUGAAUUAUUUAGUCGGGACUAAUUUCGAACUAGAAGAAAGUUCUUUCGUUUCAUUAUGCAUUUUAAAUUUAAAAGGACUUCAUUGACACUAACGCCUUUGAGAGGUUUCAUCCUGUCUCCAGAAUUGGACGAAAUGAUAACAGGCUCAAUUCCGACAUCCCUUUUGCCCUGAGUGAUUGUUUUAAGUAUUCCGUUUUUGCUUGUACAGCAAUUGAGUGGAAUAAUCUACCUUAGCGCGUGAUCAAAACUACCGGUACGUCUCAGAAUUUAUUUCAUUUUAAAUUUAUUUUUAGUCUAGUAAUUUUUGAGUAGUAAGUUUUUAUUCAUUAAACCCGGGAAGGGGUUCGCGAUGGACUGGGGGGUCUUUUACCACAACCCCUUGACAAUAUCAGAAAUUAAUGAUAAUAAGCAUCAUUUUUAUUAACACUAUAAGGUGAGUUUUAAUGUGUGAUCCAAAGCGGAGGUACAAUCGCCCUUCUUGGGUCAGUAGAUACAUGUAAAUAGGGGUUUCCUGUUGCCCACACUAUUAGAUAACAUGAAUCUAUAAAUGAAUUUAAAAACAAGUAUAAUUUAUGUCACUUUAGCAAGCAAAAAUAACCUAAAUAAUAAAAAUAAAAUAAUAAUAAAUAAAAUAACCU